AUGCCGACCAAUUGCGCCGCGGCGGGCUGUGCCACCACCUACAACAAGCACAUUAACAUCAGCUUCCACAGGUUUCCUUUGGAUCCUAAAAGAAGAAAAGAAUGGGUUCGCCUGGUUAGGCGCAAAAAUUUUGUGCCAGGAAAACACACUUUUCUUUGUUCAAAGCACUUUGAAGCCUCCUGUUUCGACCUAACAGGACAAACUCGACGACUUAAAAUGGAUGCUGUUCCAACCAUUUUUGAUUUUUGUACCCAUAUAAAAUCUAUGAAACUCAAGUCACGGAAUCUUCUGAAGAAAAGUAACAGUUGUACUCCAACUGGACCAUCUAACUUAAAAUCAAACAUUAAUAGUCAACAAGUGCUACUUGAACACAGUUAUGCCUUUAGGAAUCCUAUGGAGGCAAAAAAGAGGAUAAUUAAACUGGAAAAAGAAAUAGCAAGUUUAAGAAGGAAAAUGAAAACUUGCCUACAAAAAGAACGCAGAGCAACUCAAAGAUGGAUCAAAGCCACUUGCUUGGUGAAGAAUCUAGAAGCAAAUAACAUAUUACCUAAAGGCACAUCUGAACACAUUUUACCAACUGCCUUACGCAGUCUUCCUUUGGAGGAUUUCAAGAUGCUUAAACAAGACCAACAAGAUAAAACAUUACCAAUUCUCUGA